AUGAAGACUUCUACUCCCGUGGCUCUUCUCAGCCUCAUCAGCGGCAUCGCGGCCCUCCCGUCCCUCAGGAGCGUCCAUGUUCGGGACUGCAAGGCCGGUCACCUGGUCUGUCAAGGCCAGGCCCUCUUUGGCAUUUGCAACCUGAACAGCAAGGCUAUCUUCAUGAGCGUCGCCGAGGGUACCAAGUGCGUCUGCUCUGGAAGCGACUGCACCAUUGUUGCCGCGGCUGGCCCGGCUCAAGCCUCUCAGGGCCCUGCUCCGACUUCCCAGCCCGCUGCUGCUCCGACUUCCCAGUCCGCUGCUGCUCCGACUUCCCAGUCCGCUGCUGCUCCGACCUCCCAGCCCGCUGCUGCCCCGACCUCCCAGGCUGCGCCGCCUGCGACUCAACCCUCUUCGACGGCUGCGGCGCCGCCUGCUCAAUCCUCCGCGCCGCCUGCUCCGUCUUCUGCCCCUGGUGGUGUCUUCCAGGAAACUUCUAUUUCUACGCCGCCUGCCGCCACUCAGCCGGCUGCCACCGCUUCUCAGCCGGCAACUCCCGCCGGCACCGCCGGCGUCGAUAUUGGCCUCGGCAAGGGGUACUUGAAGGUCUUCCUCGGCACUGGCGCUGCCUCGUCCGGCUGGCCUGAAGAAGACCAGUGGGCUAGCUUUGACUCAUUGUGGGCGGCCAACGAGGCCAAUGUCCUCCCAAUUGGGUGUGGCGCCUUCGGGCAGGCAAACGACUCUCCCCAGGAGAUUGCUGACAUCAAGGCGGCCAUCCUGAGCGUCGCGGCGUCAUCGGGCGUCGACUCGCGCUUCAUCCUCGCCAUCGUCAUGCAGGAGUCUAACGGCUGCGUGCGCGUGCCCACGACCAACGGCGGCGUCCGUAACCCGGGCCUCAUGCAGUCGCACGACGGCUCCCACACGUGUGACGGCGUCAACCCGUGCCCCAAGGAGACGAUUCUGGGCAUGAUCCAGGACGGUGUCGAAGGCACCCCGGCGGGCGACGGCCUCAAGCAGCUCCUCGCCAAGGCUGGCGGCACCGGCGCGCAAACUUACUACAAGGCCGCGCGCAUGUACAACUCGGGAUCCAUCGAUGGCAGCGGCCUCCUGGAGGGAGGCGGCGCGACUCACUGCUACGCGAGCGACGUUGCAAACCGCCUCAUUGGCUGGAGUGAGGGCGUCGGCGGCUGCCGCCUCUAA